AUGAAGCCCAGCAGAAGGAAGCAGGGAGUUCUCAGAAGAGCAAAGUCAGACCGGCCGCAGGAGAGUAGCAGCAGUGGGGACAGCAGCGAUAGUGGUUCUGAUUCCGACUCCAGCUCCGACCUCAUUGGCCCCCCCAUCCCCUCCAAGCUUGCUACCCACGGAGAUCCCGACGACAUUGUGGGCCCCCCACUUCCUCCGGGGUACAGAGGCAGUUUGGCGGACGAUGAUGAUGACGAGGAAGACAUGCAGGACGAAGACGAUGACAACCCAGUCAAAAGAAUUCCAGACACGCAUGAAAUCACACUGCAGCAUGGCACAAAAACGGUAUCCGCUCUGGGCUUGGACCCCUCGGGUGCUCGGCUGGUUACCGGGGGAUACGACUAUGAUGUGAGAUUUUGGGACUUUGCCGGGAUGGAUGCUGCUCUGCAGGCCUUUCGAUCCCUGCAGCCCUGUGAGUGCCACCAGAUAAAGUCCCUGCAGUACAGCGUCACGGGCGAUGUCAUCCUGGUGGUUGCAGGCAGUGCUCAGGCUAAGGUCCUGGACCGGGAUGGCUUCCCGGUUCUGGAGUGCGUGAAGGGGGAUCAGUACAUCGUGGACAUGGCCAACACGAAGGGUCACACUGCAAUGUUGAACAGUGGCUGCUGGCAUCCAAAGAUCAAGGAAGAGUUCCUGACGUGCUCAAACGAUGGUACGGUGCGUACCUGGGACCUGAACUCGGAGAAGAAGCACAAGUCCGUGUUCAAGCCCCGCUCCCUGCAGGGUAAGAGGGUCACCCCCACCUGCUGCUCCUACAGCCGGGACGGAAAGCUCAUUGCGGCCAGUCGUGAGAGCAGGGGAGAGGACGCUGUGUACACUUCAGGCUCCGCCUCCUGCAUCUCAGUCCAGAUCAAGACCGUCUCCCGGGGGCCGAGGCCUGCCCAUGAGCAGACACUGACCCUGGCGGAUCAGGUGUCGGACAGAGAGGAGACCGAGGGAGAUUCAUCUCACCAAACUAGUGUCGAGGUUCCAGACCCUGACCCUGCCCCUGCCCAGGAGCCAAACAUCCAGGCGGGCCCUGUGCCAGGCCUGCAUCCUGGGCCUCAAGUACCGAGUUUCCCCAGCAGCAGCACCUCGCAGCUGGGGAGGGGCCCUGAGGCGCUGCCUCCUCCAGCAGCAGCAGACCCCUUCAGGCAGCUGGUCCAGGAUCAGAUGUUCAGAUUGGUGCAGUUCCAACAGAUGAGCUUCAUCAGCCUCCUGCAAACUGUGGCCGCCUCCUUCCCCAAUCCGUCCCAGUUAAACCAGAAUCCCAUUCCCACUGAUCAUCUGUCCCAGUUAAACCAGUCCCAUUAUCCCAUUCCCACAGCCAAUCUGCCCCCAUUAGACCACACCCAGUACCCCAUUCCCACAGAAAAUCUGCCCCAGUUAAACCAGUCCCAGUACCCCAUUCCCCCAGCUAAUCUGCCUCCAUUAAAUCACCCCCAGUACCCCAUUCCCCCAGCUAAUCUGCCCCCAUUAAAUCACCCCCAGUACCCCAUUCCCACAGCUAAUCAGCCCCUCUUAAUCCAGACCCAGAAUCCAAUUCCCACAGCCAAUCCGCCCCGAUUAAUCCAGACCCACCAGCCAGGCGCUCCAUUUUUCCCACCCAGACCAGACCCACACCAGUUUGGACCUCAGAACCAGGGCCCGGUCCCCACGCCUCAGCCCCAUGCACUGGAGCGUCUCCACACGGAGCAGAACCUCGGGCCGGACCCAGAGACCCAGCCGUGGGCAGGACAGGCCGAUGAGCUGGAGCUUCUCCACUCUGUGAGCCCCAGCAGUGAGAGUCCGAGCCUGGGCAACAUGGAGAGCCUCAGUGAGGAACUUCCUGUCCGUUUGGAGGAACUGAGGGGAACCCAGACGGAGAGGGGAAGCGCCUGCGUUACCCCCGUCCGCCACCAGGGGCUGGCGCUGCUGUGUGCCGCUGGCUCGAGCGCUACUCCUCCUCCGGCACCCACAGGAUUAAAACUGCGGCAGCUGCCCCCGCGCUCCUCCUUGCCCCCCCCUGCUGUCCCCACAGGCCUCCUCUACAGCUCUGCCGUGCCCCCCCUCCCAAGAGAGGCGUUUGUGCACCCCCGCGCAGACCCCCCCGUCCUGCCCAGAGAGGGGGGCAGGGGGUGGCGGAAACCGGCCCAGCGGGCAUUCGAGGUUCCGCCGGACCAGAGCGUCCGUCAGGUGGCGCAGCCCAAACUCCUGGACGGCCCAGGGCAGGGAAGUGGUCAGGGUGGCCCCCUCCAGCUGAUCCUCGCUCCCCCGUCCCACCGGCAGCCCCUGCCCCACGGCCUCCCGCUGCUGCGCUUUCACCCCGAGCCCCGCCUGCCUGCCCCUCCCGCCCCCUUCACCACCCCCGCCACGCCUCUGAUCUCCGUGCCCAGCCCUCCAGGGUUUCCUGAGGUCCCAGGCCACCCAGCGUUCCCAGCGUUCAGCUCUGGCAUUCAGCUGCUUCAGAGGGCCCCCGAUCAGCCAAGCAAGGUGCUCCUGGGGCGGGUGGCGUGGGCUCCAGAGUGUGGGGAGAGGGCUGGGCCUCGCCUCGUCACCAUGGCCUCCCAGGCCCACCCUGCUCAGGAUACACUCGCCUCCAGCAAAAGGCAGAAGAGGAGGGAGGAGAGGGAGCAGGAGGGACAAAGCAGAAGCCUUGGCAGACCGGAGGAUUCCAGCAUCUCUCCAACAGAGGCUGAUAAAGCUGAGCCAUCAGGGUCAGCGCUGGAGGAAGACAUGGUUGACGAGUCGGGCAGCUCCGUGCUGGCCGGGCCGGACCUGAUCUCCAGGGCUCUGUCUACUGCAGCCGAGCUCCACGCCUUCGCCAGCACGCAGAAGAGACCGCCCCAGCUCCACGAUGCCAGCACCAACACCGACUCCGGUGCGGUGCAGGUAGAGACCGCUGCAGCAGCCUGUCCUGGUGUACUCCUGAACCUGCAGUUCCCCCGGGAGGCUGAGAGCGCGGUCCAGCAGGGACCGGACACGGUCAGCGCGGGACGCCACUUCAUCAACGUGAUUAAUCUGGAGGACGAGGAUCUGCUGGAGCACCUGCCCUCCCGCCAGGCUUCUGCCUCCCCGACCGGGCCGACCUCCACCCCCGUCUCCCCCCACACCCACCGGCCUGGAGCUCCUGUCCCAAAUCACACCUCCACUGAGCAAAUGACUGUGGAGACUGUGCUCGACACACAGCUGGAACCCAGUGAGAGGCCCAGUCCCCCUGUGAUACCGGGCCUGUGGGGCAUCUCUGAACCCGGCCAGGAUAAGGAGCCACUCGGGCUACUCGUGGAGAUAGAGCCUCUCAGCCUCCCCAACUCUUCGCGUCUCGGUCUGGGCCUCAGGGACUCUUUGGGCCUCAGUGUGAGCUUCAGGGACGUGGAGGAGCAGAGCACCAGCAGCAGGGGUGGUGUGGGAAGAUCAGCAGACGCUUUUGAUUCCAUGAUGGAAAGGUCUGGAAAGUUUUCAGACGGGCCUCUGGACCUGAGUGACACGGGCGACACCCUGACAGAGUUGGGCGGGCUGAGAGGUGCCUCCACCUAUUCACUCGGCCCAUCAGACUCACUGAGAGACAGGUUUCUCAGACGGGGUGAGCAGAACAACAUGGGGGUGGAGGAGGAGGAGCAGCGAGAGGAACUGCGGGCAUGGAUGAAGAAGAAGCAGAAAGAAAGGAUUGCAGAAUACCGCAGACAGAGGGAGGAGAAGAGAGAGCAAGAGCACCGGCCCUUCACACCUUCGUCCACUCAGAAUCUGACCUCCAGAGAUCUUUCUACCAACAAUAAAAUGAAGGAAAAGAAGGAAAAGACAUUGCUGCUGGAACACCACACCCUCAGAGCCCGAGAGGCCUGUAGCUUGAUUACAGAGCUGCUCAAGCCGUCCCCAGCCCUGCCCACCCUCACCAAGGCCCAGCCCUCACAAAGCACCAAUCAGAGCAGCCGCAGGCCCAAGGCCCACCCCUCACAAAGCACCAAUCAGAGCAGCCGCAGGGCUGCUCCUCACGGCUACAGCAGGCCUGAGGGGAGGAGGGGGAGGGACGCUCUGUUCCACACAUCUGCCUCUCCUGGGAGGACCGCAGGAGUACGGAGCAUAUCUGCCCAGCGUGGAGAACAUCAGCUCACCACCCGCCGUAUGCACAGACCUGGUGCACUCCCAGAUGCCCGUCUGACGAGAUGGGGUGUACAAGACACCAGGGGCAGGAGACCGGGCAAAGGCUGGAUGAAGGGAAUACGGCCACCCCUGAAGGAGGACAGGAUGAGAAGAGAGAGGGAAGUGAGAGAGGAGGUGGAGGAGGAGAGUGAUGACGAGCAGCUCCUGAGCCCAUGGAACCCUCCUCUGGAGAUCCGACGCUUGCUUGGCCUGGACAAACAGGGCUCUGUGGAAGAGCGGAGUGGAGCUCCAGGGAGUGGAGCUGGAGUCUGGCUGAAGGGGCUGGACAGGGACUCCCCCUCUGAGAGCACUGGCAGUAUCCUCAGCAAACUGGACUGGACCGCCAUCGAGAAGAUGGUGGCCGAGGAGGACCAAGUCUGAUCCAAAGAUAAUUUAUAUUGUGUGUGACAGUUAAACUGUC